ACACCACCCAUAUUUACCUCAGUCUCUUUAGUCCAGAGACCAAAAUCUAAUAAUGGGGGCAGUUUUGGUUAUGAAUUUGGUUUUGAUAUCCUCUUUAGUUCUAAACUGUUGUGGCUCCAUGCAAAUGAACCAUCCGAGACAUCAGGGGAAUGAGACGGAUAGGCUGGCAUUGCUUGCCUUCAAAGCUCAAAUACUUCACGAUCCGAACCGGGUCACAAGCUCAUGGAAUGAAUCCCUUCACUUCUGUCAGUGGCACGGCGUCACCUGCAGUCGACUACAUCACCAAAGGGUGACAAAGCUAGACCUGAAUUCUUCAGCAUUGGUAGGAUCCAUAUCACCACACGUAGGAAAUUUAAGCUUCUUAAGAGUGCUGAAUCUCGCGAAUAAUAGCUUCACUCAUCAAAUCCCUCCUCAAAUCGGGUAUUUGCAUAGAUUGCAGGUAUUGUAUCUAAACAAUAACACACUUACUGGCUCCAUUCCUCCCAACAUUUCCAGUUGCUUCCAACUCAACUCUCUGGAUCUUAGUAGAAAUAAUCUCCUGGGUCAAAUUCCUCCCCAAAUCAGUUCGUUUUCAAAGCUAGAUUUUCUCAGUUUCCGACAUAAUAAUUUAACAGGAGAGAUCCCUCCUUCUUUGGGGAACAUGUCUUCUCUCCAAAAAUUUGGUAUAACUUCGAAUAAUAUAGAAGGAAGCAUCCCUAUUUCUCUAUGCCAGUUGAAAAAAUUAACAAUUUUCUAUUUAGGCGGAAAUAAGUUGUCUGGUACCAUCCCUUCUUGCAUUUAUAACCUCUCUGGUAUAGUUGCAUUUGAGUUAACAUUGAACCGAAUUAAAGGAAGUCUUCCCUCAAACUUGGGCAAUGCAUUUCCCAACCUUCGAUGGUUUUCCAAUGCCGCAAAUCAAUUUACUGGGCCCAUCCCUCUAUCAAUAUCCAAUGCAACAAAUCUUAUGGUCUUUCAAUGUUCAGAUAAUAAUCAUAGUGGACAGGUGCCUAAUUUACGAAAUCUUUAUAACCUUGUGGGUUUCAAAGUCAGUCGUAAUAAUCUUGGAAGUCGUAAAGAUGAUGACUUGAAUUUUAUCUCAGACUUGAUCAAUGCCACACAGCUCACAGUUUUGGGGAUAGGCGGCAACAAUUUUGGAGGCACCUUUCCCACGACAACAUACAAUCUCUCAACCAAUCUCAAGUGGCUAUCAGUAGGAACAAAUUAUCUACACGGAAGCAUCCCAACUGGAUUAGGGAAUCUUGUCAACCUUCAGGUACUGAUUUUGAAUGAAAACAACUUCAGCAGUAAUAUCCCAACAGAUAUCGGGAAACUUUCAAUGCUUGGGGAACUUUAUCUUACUAGCAACAACUUUUCCGGGAGUAUUCCGUCUUCUCUUGGAAAUUUAACAAUGUUAGGCGGACUUUAUUUGAAUAGAAACAAUCUCAAAGGUAGCAUCCCUUCAAGUCUAGGAGAAUGUCACGGGUUGCUAGACUUGGAUCUUUCUGAAAACAGCUUAGAUGGCAAAAUACCUCAACAACUACUUACUGGUCUCCACUCUUUAUCAAUUUCUUUCAACUUGUCAUCAAACAAUUUCACUGGUUCCAUUCCUUUUGAGAUUGGAAAGUUGAAGAGUCUAAGUAAGCUAGACAUUUCUAACAAUAUGUUAUCAGGAGAACUUCCUAGUAGCCUAAGUAGUUGCCAGAGUCUUGAAGUCCUACAUUUGCAAGGAAACUUCUUCAACGGGAUAAUCCCUAAAUCCAUGCAGGACUUGAGAGGUAUUCGAGAUCUUGACCUUUCUCGCAACAAUUUCUCAGGUGUUAUUCCACAAUUUCUUGAGAAAUUAAACUUGGCGCGUAUGAACCUGUCUUUCAACCAGCUUUCAGGAGCAGUACCAAUUGGUGGUGUUUUUAGGAAUACAACUGCUGCUUCACUUGCUGGAAAUGCUAGACUUUGCGGAGGUAUGGCUAGUCUCAAACUUCCGCUAUGUAAGCUUAAUGAGUCUAAAGGAGUUAAGCUGUCUCGGAGAAUUAUACUUACGAUCUCGUUAGUAUUUGGAUGCACUCUCUUGGGAUUAGUUUUGGUGCUGUCUCUUUUCCAUCUUCGUAAUAAAAGGAAAGAAGUUAAAUCAAGCACUUUGGGGAACUCUAUUUUGCAAGUUUCAUAUGCUACACUCCUAAAAGCUACCGAUAGCUUUUCUCCAGCUAAUUUGAUUGGCGUGGGCGCAUUUGGGUCUGUUUACAAAGGAAUUCUUGCCGAUGAUAGAAUUGUUCUGGCUGUGAAGGUACUUAACAUGUUACAUCGGGGAGCAUCUAAGAGUUUCAUGGCCGAAUGUGAGGUGUUGAGAAAUAUCAGACAUCGAAACCUGGUCAAGAUAAUAACUACAUGUUCGAGCAUUGAUUUCAAUGGCAAUGAUUUUAAGGCUCUUGUUUACGAGUUCAUGGACAACGGGAGCUUGGAGGAGUGGUUACAUCCAUCUAUCGGAACUAGAGAGCUAAUAGAAGCACCCAAGAGUUUAAGUCUUGUUCAAAGGCUCGACAUCGCCAUUGAUGUUGCUAGUGCAUUAAAUUAUCUUCACAACCAUUGUGAGACACCGAUCGUUCAUUGCGAUCUCAAGCCAAGCAAUGUCCUCUUGGAUAGCAACCUGAUUGGACAUGUUUCCGACUUUGGGCUAUCAAAAUUUCUCCCAGUGCCAACUACGAGUGUUGGUGGAAAUCAAUCAAGCUCCAUAGGAAUUAGAGGAUCGGUUGGUUAUGCUGCACCAGAGUAUGGUAUGGGAAGUGAGGUAUCCGCAAAGGGGGAUGUCUACAGCUUUGGCAUUCUCUUGUUAGAAAUGUUUACCGGGAAGAGGCCCACUGAUCAUAUAUUCCGUGAUGGCCUGAAUCUUCAUGUUUAUGUGAAGACAACUCUUUCGGAACGUGUUUCGGAGAUAUCAGAAUCACUAUUUCUUCAAGAAAGGGCCACUAAUGUCACCGAAUCUCACAUGCACAGCCGAUUGAGUGUGAGAGCACAGAAAGUUGAAGAGUGCUUGACUUUGAUACUUGGUGUAGGAGUUGCAUGUUCUUUUGAAUCCCCCACAAACAGAAAGGAUAUCAGUGGCAUUGAAUCUGAAUUACAAUCCAUAAGGCGCAAUCUUCUGGGCUAGAGCCUUUUCAAAUUUGUUAAUGUUUUGUGAGAGCUAGUGAUUUGUUGUGUCUUGAAUCUAUCAUGUUCAGUUUUCGAAUUGUGUGAUUUCUCUCUGAAAGCUAUAUUGCUUACUAUGAAUAGUGGUUGUUGCAAUUUAUAAGAACUUCACAUAUAGUACUUAUUGUCAUCUGCUUGAUCAGUUGUACCGUGUCGAUUCAAUAAAUUGUGGUGUAUUUUGUAGUUUACCAAAUGAGCAUGAAAUCGA